AUGUCGUCAACGGCCGAAGUAGCAACGUCGGAUCUGCCGUCCGGCGAUCCCAUCCCCUCGUCGGCCGCGCCGCCAACAUCCUCACCGAAACCCAUGCCCAUCAAGGCGCUCGUCGCCGCCGCGCCAUCCAACAUCGACGCCUUCCUGGCGCAACUACAACGGUGCCUCAGCACGCCCACAGGCAUCGACACGACGCUGCUCUUCCUCUGCUACACGUCGCGGCUCUCGUCCGCAUUGCUGGAGCACCUUACUGGCCCCACCAUUCGGCGCAGCGCCGAGAAGCUGCUCGCCCUCGCUGCCACCCUACCUCCAUCCACCACCAUUCUCUUCAGCUCCAAGGUGUUGCCCUCGCCCUCGGCUGCCGUGCUCCUUCUCGUCUCCAAGCGCCUCAAGGCCUUCAGCGUUUUGCUGAGUGAUGUUCGCACCUUCUUCCGCCUCUGGGGUCUGCUGGGCUUGUACUUCUGGGCGCGCAGUCUGAUCUUGCGCCUGCGCACUGCCAGACAGAAUAAUGAGCUGGCCAAGGUCGACAGGGUCGAAACGGCCAUUGCUGUGACGCAGCUCGUGGCUUGCGUGCUGUUUCAGACCCUCGAGAACGGCGCGUUUCUGGCUCAGAAGGGCGUUCUGGGCUGGAAACCGGCGACUAUUGGCAAGGCGGCCAUGUGGAGCGCCAGGUUUUGGGGUUGCCACGUGGGUAUUGACCUGUUCCGACUGUUGUACGAGAACUACAAGCGCGGGCAGCGCAGCGUGAAGGAGAAGAUGGGGGACAAGUCCGUGUCGGUCUAUGAGCGCGAGGAGGCGGAGUGGUCUACCGAAUGGAGGAAGUCGCUCAUUCGGAACAUGUCUUGGUUCCCGCUGACGAUCCACUGGAGUCUCGAGCAGGGGUUGGUCAGUGAGACGACUAUUGGGGCGCUGGCUACCAUUCCUGGAAUCAUCCAAAUGAGGGAUCUGUGGAGGAAGACUGCUGAAUAG